AUGAGCUGCUCUGAUUGGUCGGAGCGCGGCCGAGCCCCUCUGUGCUGUUCGUUUGCCCAUUGCUUUGGCCUUACGCCACACUUCAACGCCCCCACGUCGGUGGCCCCACGCUUCGACGCCCCCACGUCGGUGGCCCCACGCUUCGACGCCCCCACGUCGGUGGCCCCGUGCUUUGACGACGCCACAUCGGUGGCCCCGUGCUUCGACGACGCCACGUGGGCGGCCCGCGUUUCGACGACGCCACGUGGGUGGCCCGCGCUUCGACGACGCCACGUGGGUGGCCCGCGCUUCGACGACGCCACGUGGGUGGCCCCGCGCUUCGACAACGCCACGUGGGUGGCCCCGCGCUUCGACAACGCCACGUGGGUGGCCCCGCGCUUCGACGCCGCGUGGGUGGCCCUGCGCUUUGACGACGGCGCGUGGGUGGCCCUGCGCUUCGACGACGCCGCGUGGGUGGCCCCACGCUUUGACGCCGCCGCGUGGGUGGCCCCACGCUUCGACGCCGCGUGGGUGGCCGCACGCUUCGACGCCGCGUGGGUGGCCGCACGCUUUGAUGCCACGUGGGUGGCCGCACGCUUCAAUGCCGCCACGUCGGUGGCCGCACGCUUCGACGCCGCCACGUCGGUGGCCGCACGCUUCGACGCCGCCACGUCGGUGGCCGCACGCUUCGACGCCGCCACGUCGGUGGCCGCACGCUUCGACGACGCCACGUUGGUGGCCGCACGUUUCGACGACGCCACGUCGGUGGCCGCACGCUUCGACGACGCCACGUCGGUGGCCACGCCGGUGGCCGCACGCUUCGACGACGCCACGUCGGUGGCCGCACGCUUAGACAACGCCACGUCGGUGGCCACACGCUUCGACUCCUCCUCCACGCUUCGACUCCUCCUCCACGCUUCGACUCCUCCUCCACCCCGCACGCUUUGA